AUGGUUGAAGGCCCAGGUUGUAAACUUAAAGGAGAGAAAAUAAAAUCAAAGCUUAUGAACCAGACAGUAAAAUCGGUUUCUGGAAACGCUGUGGACAGGGAGAAAAAACCAAAGAAAGGCAAAACAGACUCACAGUUUGAUGUGCUCAUAGGAAAAACAUUGACAAAAGUUCAGACUCUUGGGAAGGAGCUUUUUAUGUACUUUGGAGAAAUAUGUUUAAGGGUUCAUUUUCUGAUGGCUGGGUCAUUUCGUGUAAAUGGACAGGCUCUGGACAAAGAUUACGGGAAACUGACCGAGACGCCUUCCUUACAAGUGGACUUCUCUUCAGAUGUACUGACAUUUUACAAGUCUGCAGUACAAAUCAGAGAGUCGGAGUCUUGCAGCACCAGGUAUGAUAAUCUUCAUGACCUUGACAUUUGCUCCCCAGUAUUUAACCACCAGAGGGCCGUAACCUUGGUGAUGGAGCAGUGUGAUCGUCAGGUGUGUGAUGUACUGCUGGAUCAGACCAUUCUCCCAGGGGUCGGAAAUAUCAUAAAAAAUGAGGCAUUAUUUGACAGUGGUAUCAAACCAAGUUCAAAGGUCCAGGAACUUUCUAAGGAGCUGAUUUCACACCUUGUAAAAAUGACACGAGAUUUUUCACUAAUUUUCUACAAGUGUAGAAAAACAGGCACCAAUUUGAACCAGUAUAUGAAGAUAUACAACAAGCGCAAGUGUAGCCAGUGUGAAGGAAAAGUGACAAUAACUCGUACGGGAGAAGACAGUGAACGAAUGACCCACUAUUGUCCUAUUUGUCAGACCAACACACUGAAAUCAACUGUCAAAAUUCAUCCAUCUAAAAACAGUCUGCUGGGAUGGGUUCAGACAGCCAAUCAGAAAGCUGAAGGAAAUACAGCCAAUCAGAAAGAAGACGGAAAUACAACCAAUCAGAAACCAGAGGAUGAUUGGACUUGCCGGGUUUGCACACUGAUAAACAAAGGGUCACAUAUCAGUUGCGAGGCUUGUCAAACAGAAAGAAAAUGUGAAAUUUCUGGUACUGCAGUAUCAGAUUUGAAGAGGAAAUUAUCAACAGAUGCCGAUGACCAGACCACAAAAAGAAUCAAAAGAAAUGAAAAUACUUGUAGAGCGAAGACUUUGACCAACAGUAAGGUUUUUAAUCCAACACAAUGUCAAAAGAGCAACCACUCUCAAGCAAAUAGAAAAACCACUCUCUCCUCUCCUCAUUUUGAUUCUGCAGCAUCUCAAAACUUAAAGGCUGCUCAUGAAAAUAAACUGGUGCACCCACAAAAUCUGAUCAAUUCAUUACAUGGUAACAAACAUCUUAAAGAUAAUAAAAGAGACAGUAAAGCAUCAGUGCAACAGAGACCAUCAUCACAGGCUAUGGAAUUGGGUACCAGUAAAAUCCCAGUUGGUCAGAGUACCAGUAAAAUCCCGCUCUGUCCAGGUCACAGUAAGCCCUGCUCCAUGACGCAAACUAGGAAGAAGGGAGAUAACUUCCUCCGAUGGUUCUUUACAUGUGGGGUCUAUCCAAGGGCUAAGCAGUGCAAGUUCUUUAAGUGGGCUGAUGAAAGUUUUCCUAUCUGUCCAACCCAUGGAAAACCAGCCGCAUUCAGAACAGUCCUAAAAGAGGGACCAAACAAUGGAAAAAAAUUCUUUGCUUGUCCACUACCAAAACAGAAGCAGUGCGGAUUCUUUGAGUGGGCGGAAGGUUUCUAAUUUUUGAAGAAAAAGAAGACUCUGUGUUUUUGUGAUAAACAAUGUACACCGAUACAUUGUGUGGCUUUCCAUUAAAUGUUUGGAUGUGCAAUAAAAUUUUUACU